AUGAAAUUAUGUGCUUUUUUUUUUUUCCUUUUCGUAACAUGUGCCUCUGAUUUAUUCACGUAUCCUGCGGAGGGAAGUGAAGACAUCACUGAUGUUGGAGUGGUGGAGAGUAACAGAAGUUUUCCAGGGGGAGAGAUCACAAAUGAAGAGACUACAAGUGAAGAGACUACAAGUGAAGAGACCACAAAUGAAGAGACAACAAGUGAAGAGACUACAAGUGAAGAGACCACAAAUGAAGAGACAACAAGUGAAGAGACCACAAAUGAAGAGACAACAAGUGAAGAGACCACAAAUGAGGACAAACAACACGAACAACUGAAUAAUAUUCAUAGACUGAUUAGGGAACAGGAAGAGACUCUGCAUAGAGAAAAUAAAGAGACGGAAGGAGGGGAAGUGAAGUUAGGUGGUUAUGCGGAAAGAAAAAGAAAGGAGGAAUCAAAAAGUUGGAAUGAAUUAGUAAAGAAAUGUGAAGACGAAAAAAAAAUUAUUCUUGAGGAAUUCCAAGUUGCUCAGAAAAAUCUAGAGAAAUGCACUGAGAACAAUGGAAAAAAUCUAAGUGAAUGCAAAGAACAAUUGAAGGAGAUCCAAAAACACUUGAAUGUGUGCAGGGAAAAUGAAGAUAAAUGCUAUGGACGGAUAGAAGACAUAAAUAUGCAAUGUCAUGAAAACAUAAGUAAGAAGGGAAAAGAAGGAGAAGAGUUAAGGGAAAAAAUUCUUACACUAGAAAAAAAAAUAGAAGAGGCAGAAUUAAAAUUAAAGAAUUAUGCAAAAAGUAGAAGGAACUCCAACAAGGAGGAUAAAGAUGAUAAAGAUGGUAAAGUUGAUAAAGAUAAUAAUGAUUAUUUAAUCUCUUAUAGUAUGGUUAAAAGUUAUUUUAUAAAAAUUUUCAAAAUAUACAAAACGCUUUAUAUAAUCAUAUUUGAAAAAACGUUUCUGUCUAAUAUGCUCAUCCAGAUUUGUUACCUCAAAGAUGUCAUAAUGAAAUAUAUUAAGCUGUAUGCAAUUAUUACCAUGGAAAGGUUGCAAUUGUAUGUGAAAAUAGUUUAUGAAAGCAGUUCUAUAGCAAAACUUUUGGACUUUUAUGAACAUUCUUUACUUAAGCAGUAUAUAAUGUUGCUCAAAAAUAAAACUCCAAAUUUUAUCUCAAGGGCGGAGAAAUUGUAUUACAAAAUGAUGCACACAAUGAGAUAUGACAUUUUUUUCAAAAUGUUUGAAUCAUUAAACAAUAAAUAUAGGAACAUCAACUUGGACAAUUUCGUGCAUAAAUUACACAAAAAUUCGAAAUUUUUAAUGAAUAAAAUUAAUUCCAUAAAUCCAGAAUUGAAUGGGAUAAUCCCACCAAAAUUGGAAGAUCAGCUCAUUCUACUAAUAUUUUUCACGGCAGUCAAUACUAUCCAUUUGUAUAUAUUUUUUUAUUUAUUAUUUCUAUUUUUCAAGCUGAUAAAAAAAAUAUCCUCUUGUUUAUUUAUGUGCAUCCUUAUCUCCAUUGUGUUCAUAUAUAGAUGCACAAUUUUUAUACUUACAAUCCCUAUUAGACCGUUUAUGAAGAAGAAAUGCAACAGAAGCAGAAAAGUGUAUAGAAGACAUAAUGAAACAGUAUGCACGAACCCCGAGCGUACCUCCUAUCAGCACCAGGAGUUUAAAAAAAUGCACAAGGGCCAAAAUGUUCACCACAGGAAGGGAUGA